UUUGAACUUGUCUGAAGUCCUGCUUUGGGCUCUGCUUAUCAGGCCGGUUGGCUUCUGUCCCCUCAGAGCUGUGACAUCAGACCCUGAGAGCUUGGGACGUUUCUGGCUGGGGCUCAGGGAGCAGGGACGAGUCAAGGGCCCAAGGGCCCUCGUGCUGUUCCUCUCAGGGGGCCAGGCCUUCAAGGCCCUUCUCCAACGUCCGGCUUCACCAUGGCCAGUCCCUGGGGCUCAGUGCCUGACAGACGGCUAACGGGCCCGGGAGGGAGAUGGCUUGGAGCCCCAAAGUGUUCUCAUUCAUGUGGACUGUUGUAUCCGCCCUUGCAGCUGCUCAGCAUGACCCCCACCCGACCCUGCCCCAGCAUACCCCCAACCCCUCCUCAGCACAGACACCCAGCUCCCAGGGCAGCCGCAAACAGGAAGAAGCCCAGGUUGAGUUCCCAUGCGGAUGAGCUGGAGCUGAUCCGGCCCAGUAUCUACCGCAACGUGGCCCGCCAGCUGAACAUCUCCCUGCAGUCCGAGACCGUAGUGACUGACGCCUUCCUGGCUGUGGCGGCCCAGAUCUUCUCUGCAGACGGACGUCCUCAAGUGCGUGGUCAGCACCGACCCCGGCCUCCGCUCUCACUGGCUUGUGGCCACGCUCUGCAGCUGUGGCCGCUUCCUGAAGGCUGCCUUCUUCAUGCUGCUGCCGGAGAGAUGAGCUGCUGGCUUGGGCAGAGGAUGCCACCCGGCCCCCCAACCCCGGAGGCCCUUGGCCCCCGAAAGCAUCGUCCUCCACCCCCUCCCAGCCAGGAAGACCCUCGGAGCCCUGCGUCAAAGCUGGAGGCCCUGCCCUGAGCCCCUCUUCCACAGACCCAGGCCCUCCGGAAGGGGGACUGGGAGGGGGGCUUCCCUGGGCCUGGAGCUGGGCUUCAGUGCCGACAGGGGGCUGCUCCCCACUGCUCCCCUCUUGCAACCUCUGCUUGUCCCCUUCUUUCUAGAGCCGGAAAGUCAGGGUCACCUCCCAGGCCCCAGAGGAAAGCAGCCAGGAACAGGAAGCUCUCACUUGAUGCCGGGGUCCCGUCCGUGUAGGGACCACAUCAGGACACGAGCCGGCCUCGGUCCUCAUGGGCAUGGGGCCCUGGACACUUGGCCUGAAGGUGACUCUGGCUCUGCCAAGGCUGGAGGAACAGGGGGGUCUUCCUGACCCCACCAACAGAGCAGAAGGCUCACGUGUUUGCUGCAUCCACUUCUGGAGUGAGUGCAUCUCCACCCGUGGCAGAGCCCUCGUGGGGCAGGGACCCGGGUGGGGGGCUCCAGGCCUCACACCUGACCGAUGAAUACCAGGGUCCGUGAACAAGGUGGACGGUGUGUGUGUGUGUUCGGUCCCAAUAAAGUUUCAUGGCAAACGGAGAGCAACCCUGUCUGCUUUCCUUGCGCCUGUCCUCCUAGGACACCAGGGACCGGACAGAGGGCAGAGGAUAACGUGAUGAAACACGGAGCAGAGUACCCCCAGGGUCCUCCCUGACUGGGGCUGCCUUGUGCUUCCCUGGGCCGCAAUGGGGCACUCACGCGUGCACGUGCACACGCUCCCACAUGCACAUGUGUGCUGUCACGCUGCCACACGCAUGCACGCACUCACGCACACGGGCAGCCCUGCUCUCCAUGCUCCUCAGUCAUUCCUCCGCCCUCAGGUCCACCGCAGGGCGGGCCAGGACCUGGCCUCCCCGCCCCGUUUGCCUUUCUGUAGGACCCAGGGUGACCAGAAUGUGCUAAGGCCCUGGCUGCCUUCCCAUCCGGCCCCCUGGUGCGGAGUCCCCAGCGCACGGCCUCUGUGCACCAGGGGCAGCGGCCCUCCCCUCGCCCCGUGGCCCGCCUCCCGCCCCGGCACCCCCACAGGGGCCCUGUCCUCGGCUUCCUCCCUGAGGGCAGGGCAUGGCCUCCCCAGCGCUGCUUGGGAGAGGGGACCCCAGGGGCGGGAAGCCUGGCCGGUGGAGGGAGGGAAGGAAGUCGGCAGGAGGGCGGGAAGGGAGAGGAAGGGGCUGCCGCGCCCCUGCUUCCUGUCGCUCUCUUGGUCAGCCCUCUGGUGUGUUUCCAGCGUCAGGGGUGAUGUUACAGGGAGAGAAUUCAGAGAAGCGGCAGAGAUGGGUAGUCCUCACACGUGCUGGGGUAGGAGGUGCGGUGGGGACGAACGCUUCCAACAGCAGCAGGAAGAGACGGCCCUGGGCAUAAACGGAACCCUCGGUGAGGGGGUUCUGAACAGUCCUCAGACACGCCCUAGCCCGGAGCAGAUAAAAGGAAAGCCACCUCUUGAAGAGGCCCAUUCGCUGUAAGUUUGCAAAUUUAGCGUAAUCUGCAAGAAAGUACCAGAAUGGAUUUUCCCCUCUGGAUCUAAAGAAGCUAAUUAUGAAGUUCACAUGACGGGGGAAGAAAGGCAGAAACAGCCAGGAAAGCCCUUCAGAAGAAGAGAAACGGGGAGGGUCUGGGCCUGCCUGCAGCUGCACCACUGGUGCUGCGUUGCGUCUGUCGCUGGGAAAGGGCAGGCCCUGGAUACAGCCCGGGCCUGGGGGCCCAGCCCCUGACGCAGUGGGUGAGGCUGGCUGUCAGCAAAGCUGUGAUGACCGGGAACCUGCACAUCACACUAGACACAAGACAGAUUCCAACUGGAUCAAAGAAAGCGUAAAAAUGGAACAAGUGUUAGGGAAAACGGGUGAAUUUCUUUGUAACUGUGAAGUGGGCAGAAACUUCCUCAAUGCGAUUCAAAAUCCAGGAAUGAUUAAAGACAAAACACUUACAGGAAGAAGAAGUUUAUAACAUUUAACAUUUUCAAAAAUACAACUUGAGACAGGAAACAGUAGUGGUCGUCACGGGCGGGGGUAGGCAGAGUGGGGUGACUGUCCUACAGGGACGCGGUGUCUUCUGGGGGCAACAGCCACUUCGGAAGCCGACAGAGGUGACGGUCGCACGGUGCUGUGAGUGCUCCAGGUGCCAGUCAGCCAAACACCCUGGUGCACUUCAGAGUGGCGGCCUUCAUGCUGUAACAGUCCACUUCACCUCCAUGAAAGAUUAUAAUUUAAACUCAGGAAUAUUAGGGUUAACAUUUGUAACUCAAAAGAGCUCGUCAACUUCAAAACAUCAAGAAGAGAAAGACAGAAGGAGAAAUGCAAACUCAGCUCCCCCAGGACCCACUCCCCACCUAUCAGGUUGAUGGGAGCAGGGGCCCUGCCCCUUGCUGUGGGGUGCAAAGGGGGCAGCCCGUGUGAGGCGAGGGGCAGAACCCGGACAGUCACACAGGCAUUUCCCCUGGCCUGGCAGUUCUGCUUCUAGAAGUCUACCCCGGAGACACACAGGCCAAAGUCCAAAACGACAUGUGCAGGAAGUAAUCCGUCGCGGCGUUAAUGUGAUUAGCAGAGACUGGAGACAGCGCUGGUGCCCAGCGUCAGGGUACCUGUGGAUGAGCUGUGGCAGGGCCGCCUGGCGGCACGAUCCGCGGCUGGGUCUACGCCCACAGGGCGAAAAUUUGACUUGCUUUACGGGUUUGAUGAUAAGGCCACGUGGGAGAUUCUGCAUAAGUAAAGUGGACUUAAUGCAACAGUCAAUGUGCAGAAAUUAAAAUAAACGAAUGGGUUUUUAUGUCAAGUUGGCGACAUAAAGCACCCAGAGAAACCAA